AUGGAUACAGCACCUUAUCAAGAGGCCCUUGAGGCAUGCUGCUUAUUAUCAGACUUUGCGGCGUUGGUUGGUGGCGACGCGAUCGAGAUUGGCGAGUGCGGCAUCAAGCUUUUGGGUGACCAGGGGGCAAAUAUCUCACUGGCGCGUGCUAUCUAUGCUCGUGCGGACAUUUAUCUGUUUGACGAUACUCUUUCGACAGUCGAUGCACAUGUGGAAAAAGGCGAUCUUUACAAGGCGAUCAUGUCCAAGGAACUACUGGCAGGCAAGGCGAAGCUCUUUGUUACACAUCGGAUUCAGUACCUGGCACAGUCGACCACGAUUCUCUUGCUGUGCGAUGGCAAGGUGGUUAGAGCAAGACAGCUUCCAGGAGCUAAGGCAAAGACAGCAGAGGUCUAUCAACUGGUCACUGGGCAUGGAAGCGACAGCAGCAAUAACACAUUGUCGGCCCCUUCGGCUUUGGAUGAAGGCAUAGACGACAGGAUAUCCGUACCCGAAUCGACCUACAAAUUGUUUUCGUGUACGUUUAAGGAGCAGGACGAGAGAGCCGCAGCUUUGUCAGAGACUGAUGAUCUUGCGGUCUUUGUGCGGCCUUUUCUGCUUCCCCUGCUCCAAAAACCAGGCGAAGGCGUCAUGAAGUACAUUGCAAGCAAACUGACCCAAGCACUUAUCUACCUCCGUCGCAUACAGCACUCUACCGCAAGCAAGUCCCACCUGAAAAAGGAUGGACAAAGUGUGUUUUCAGGAAUAUCGUCGUCAUUCCUACCCUCAUCGCCCUCAUCUGCAAAUCGCUAG